AUGUACUCGAACGGACUUCUCGCCUCUUGCCUCCUAGCCGGAGCCGCCGCUGCCAUCGGCGUGCCAGCUGCAGCAGCAGAGAUCCCAGUUGACUGGCAUUUGAGAAGAAGCCAGCUCGCAGAACCGGUCUCAGCAUCCUGCGUACAAGCAUGCGCCCAGCUCUCCGCCACAUUCCCUUCCUCCCGCUUCCACUACCCAUCAAACGACACAACCUUUACAAUCUGGGACGCCAAACAGCAAGAAGUCCGCCCCGCAUGCCGGGUCGAACCUACCAACGCAUCCGACGUCUCGCUCAUUCUCAAAACCCUCGUCGACAACUGGUGCCACUUUGCCGUCAAGGGCGGCGGCCACUCGCGCAACGCGGGAGACUCCAACUCCAUCGCCGGCGUCACCGUCGACCUCGACCGCAUGAACUCUGUUGAAGUUGUCAGCAACGGCACCGGGACACCCACACGCGCUAGGGUCGGUGGUGGCGCGACGGUGAUUCAGGUCUACCAAGCUCUCGAGGGGAGCAAGCUGUCCUACGUCGGCGGUCGAUCUGCAACUGUUGGUAUCGGGGGUUUCACGCUCGGCGGAGGAACGUCGCCUUUCUCGAGUAGGUACGGAUGGGCUUUGGACAAUGUCUACGAAUACGAGGUCGUCCUCGCAAACGGCACAAUCACAACAGCCUCAGAAACCCACAACCAAGACCUCUACUUCGCCCUCCGCGGCGGCAGCAACAACUUCGCCAUCGUCACAACCUUCACCGUUCGCAUCUUUCCCCAGGACGCCGUCUCUAGCCAGCGUGCAACCUACACCACCGCAAACCAGACCGAGAGCGCCCUCGACGCCAUUCAUGACCUCUUCACGAACCCUCAGCUCACCGACGACAUGGACAUGGCCUACGACUUUUACUACAUCUACAAUCAGGCCUCGGGCGCCUUCUCGUUGAUGGGGUCGGAGUGGUACGCGAACCCCGCGGUCGUCGAGCCAGAGGUUUUUGAGGCUAUUCGCGGCGUUCCUUCGACAAUGAGGACUGCGAGGUUGGGAUCCAUGGCGAAUCUGACGGGGACUUUGCAGCCGCCUGUUUUAGGCACUACGCGCCACCUCUUUGGGACAAUUAGCACCCUACCCUCCCGUGCUCUCUUAACUCAGGCUCUCGCAAUCUUCAGAGAAGAAGUAUCAGCAAUCUCUGCCGUAGAGGGCCUGGCACCGAACCUCAUCUGCUACCCGCUCUCGACAACCGCCAUCCAGGCAAUGAAGCAGCGCGGCGGCAACGCGCUCGGCAUCGACCAAGAUGAGCCCCUCUACAUCUUCCUCGUCUCAACAGCCUGGUCCAACGCCCAAGAUGAUGCUGCCGUGGAACGUAUGACGGCAAACGUCCUCUCCCGCAUGGAAAGCUUCGCCCAAGAGUCCGAGAUCGCACACCCAUACCUGUACAUCAAUUACGCGUCCGCAGCACAGACGGACAAGAUCUUUGCAGGGUACGGAGAGGAGAAUGUGCGUCGUCUCAAGGCUGUCGCUGGUGAAGUCGAUCCCGAUGGUGUCUUCUCAUCCGAGGGUCUCUGGCGUGGGUUUGUCAAGUUGCUGUGA